CUGAACCGCGUUGACUUGUGGGUAACAUAGAGUGCAGUUUCCUGAGAAAGCAGGGAACUGUGCUCGAUGUUAAUAAGUUGUCGACAUUUUAUUUUUUUUCUUUUGUUACACUUCUCUUUGAAGCAGUGAAUCAGUUAAGGCUGUCGAUCUCAUGAUUCCAGACCACUUGUCAUUCUUUAGUGACGCUUCCAAACGGAACUUAUUCUCGCAAAACAAAUCGGACGGUUUGCAGUCAACAAAGUUACCAACUAGUUCCACUGUACUUCAGCGUAAUGAGUCUUAACGAGCAUUCGCUGCAGGCCCUGUCGUGGAGAAAGCUGUACUUGAGCAGAGCUAAGUUGAAGGCUUCUAGUCGGACAUCGGCUCUUCUCUCGGGCUUCGCCAUGGUGGCGAUGGUGGAGGUGCAGCUGGAGCCUGAACACGAGUAUCCUGCGGGGCUCCUGAUUGCCUUCAGCGCCUGCACCACCAUCCUAGUGGCCGUGCACCUCUUCGCCCUGAUGAUCAGCACCUGCAUCCUGCCCAACAUCGAGGCCGUCAGCAACGUGCACAACCUCAACUCGGUGAAGGAGUCCCCCCACGAGCGCAUGCACCGCCACAUCGAGCUGGCCUGGGCCUUCUCCACCGUCAUCGGCACGCUGCUCUUCCUGGCCGAGGUGGUGCUGCUCUGCUGGGUCAAGUUCCUGCCGCUCAAGCGGCUGGCGAGCCAGAACAAUGGCACCACCACCAUCAGCGCCGGGCAGGCGGCGGCCAUCGCCUCCACCUCCAUCAUGGUGCCCUUCGCCCUGGUCUUCAUCGUGUUCGCCGUGCACUUUUACCGCUCGCUCGUCAGCCAUAAAACAGACCGUCAGUUCCAGGAACUGGCGGAGCUGUCUAACAUAACCAGACUCCAGAACCAGCUAGACCACAGAGCAGAGGCGGCAGCUCUGCAGUCUCCCGCCUCUCAUUUCCCAUGAUGACUAGUCAUCAUGGAAAAAUAAUUAGUUUGAGCCAUUUUUUGACUACUGUAAAAAGUUUUUUUUUCUCAAAGCAUGGACAUAAUAUAAAGAAAGUUUUAUUUAAAUAGGUCAUUUUUACAAAUGUAAAGAUUUCUGCUGCUGUUUGGAGAACUUUUUUCAUAUUUAUGUAUUUCUGUCUUCAAAAGCAGGCUAAACAGGAUCAGCAUAAAAAUCACUGCCUGAUGCAUACAUUGAGUUAAAACAAUCCUAAGCUUAAGUUGGUUUUCCAAGCUGUACCCCAUUUCCACCGACUCUCUGAAUGUCUGCAAGCUCAAAUGCAAGAGCAACAGGUUACAUUAAGAUUUUUAAGUUUAAAUGUUAAAAUAUUUAUAAUGUCCAAAAUAUGAAGGGUGUUUUAGUGUUUAAAAUGCAGUUGAAUAGUACAUACUAUUUAACCAUGAGCUUUUCCCUGUCAUCAUUGUUUUAAUUCAGAAUCAAGCAGAAAUGCUGUCAAAAAUGGUAUCAGAACUAUCUUGAUUUAAUGGGCACAUUUAAAUCCCAAAAUUACAAUUAUUGUUCAUUAUUUGGAAUUGGUGGCUAUAACUAUAAUUUGAAAGCUUCUGAUUAGAAGGUGGAUAAAUGUACAUUAAUUCUUUUUAUCCUAUAGACUAAAAAUAAGGCCAAUGGGGGGAAAGUCCUAAGAAAAUUUCAAAAUGGAGUCCCACAAAGUUUGGGAGUUAGUAUUUUACCAUGUUAUAUUGGUACAUCUGGGUAUCCUAAGAAGAGAGGUUUUAUCUCACUGUUCAUUUUUCACUGGAAAAAUGCUGUUUGUUUCUGUCUUCUGGAAGAGUGAAAUACUGUACAUGCUAUGACAAGCUGCCCCUACAUGACUUCCUGUGUCGAAGGUGUCUGUCAACUUGCCUCUGCCUUUGCGUGUAUAUGAGUCAAUGAAAACCUUUUUUUUUUUUUUUUUGCACACACAUGAUAAACAUCUUUGAAAAUAAA